AUGGUUCAGCCCAACUCUGUGCCACAUGUUGGCCCAGAGCAAGAGUCCCUGGCCCAGAGGCGGCGGCUCCGGCAGCAACAGCAGCAGCAGCCUUCUUCAAGGAGUCUAUCCUCUAGGCUCCCGACGCCACCCAUGACAAGACCGUGUCCUAGGCGCCGUCGCAGCCACCACCGCGAAUCUCACCGCCGCAGCUACCACUGCGAAACCUACCGCCGCCUCCACCAAGGUGAAACCCUCAGUUUUGCCAGUUAUUUCUGCAGAAUCCUGAGGAACACCCACAGAAACCUGAGUAUUACCUGCCAGGCCGUGUCGGUCCUGGAUUGCAUAGUGAAGGAUGUCCUUCAACGCAUCCAGGAGGUGGCUGCACAACUGGCACGCUAUGCGCAGCACUCCACCAUCACCAAAAGAGACAUCCAGAUGGCAAUGCGUCUGCUGCUGCCCGCCAGACUGGCCAGUCGGGUCAUGAUGCAGGGCAACAAAGCCGGCAGCAGACGCACCAAUCGCCACUGA